AUGGCGGCGAGUCGAGCUAGCAUCAAGCGAGCGGUUCUGGCAGCCCGACUCUUGAGAAAAACAGAAGAGUCUGCGGAUCCGAAAAAUCCGGAAGAUUCCAAGCCGGUCGGAGUGGCGGCCGGAGCGGCCGGAGCAGAAGGAUUCCGAGGAGGGUCUGUCGCCUCCAAGAUUCGGAUUCAGAAGCAGCUGACUCGACGAAGCAGCUCAGGUGGACUCUCGCCGUCGAAAUCUCGAAGCUUCGACGACGAGGGCGAAGCUCCAGACCCAGGCCAUCCAGGCCCAGGCGGCGCAGGCAGCGCAGGCGGCGCAGGCGGCGCAGGGUUGGCAGGCAGCCGUGCAGGCCAAGACAUUGGCGGGCAUCUUCGUUUAGAAGAUCUGGACGAUGCCGCGCACAGGAACAAGUCGCAGGAAGCUCACGCAGCACCUGUUUUCGGCGGCCUAGCUGCACUGAAGGUUAAGCAUCGCCUUCAGGCCCUUCACCAGGAGGCGAAGAAGAAGCAACCCGCGCUUCCAAGCAUUGGUCCUGCAAAUUUCUCUGUCACCAAUGCCUCUGCAGCUGACAAGAUUCCCGAAGUUCCGGUAACUGCCCCGAGCCAAAACCAAUCUGCCAACAGCAUGGCGGCUCUGGUGUCUGCUGCGAGGACCACUCUUCCAAAGUUUUCGGGAGCAGCAGAGGAGGAGGCAGAGAUCAAAGCUCUUCUUGGGGAGGUGGACAAGGACUUGCUCGACGUCCUGAAGGAGGUGAGCCGCGCUCUCACUUGGUUGUUCAACGAUUCGGAUACAGACUUCGACAAUCAGCUCACCUACAAACAGCUCAAG